AUGAAACGGCCGUCUACAGACUGUCACUCUGCUCACGAUGAAGUCAGGCCGGCAAAGACGCGCCAGCGAUCAUCAAAUGUUGCGGUGACACGGCCAUCAGCAAUCACCGUGAAUGACAAUGAGAUGCACGCAGGAAUUGAACCGGGGAUAAGACAUGAAGACAGUGGCCCAGAUCUGGAUCAACUACCCCAUACCAAGCCAAAAGCCACGGCAUAUCUCAACUCGCGCGCAGGGGAGCUCUCUCAAAGAGAAAUCACUGAACCCAGUCCAUUACAGAUGUUCAAGAAUCCCUACAAGGGCGAGGACAUCAUUGUGAUGGCCCAGCUCAUCUUUCAGAAGACAAAAUCUCCUGCCAGAUUCGUGGAGGAGGUUAUGCGUUCCAUCUUUGUCCCUGAGAUGCGCAAAUUGUUCACCGAAAAAAUCCAGAAGCUUUUUCGCAAGCACGCACGUACCACCGUGCUCUCGACUAGCCAGCAGAAGAAGCUGGAUAAUGGUUAUCUACGUCUCCAAGAAUGGGAAACUUCAAGCCAGCUUUCCUCAGGUCUGUUUGGCUUGAAGAAAAUUGAUGACCUGAUUGAGGCCAUCAACAAUGCGAUGGACGAGACUCUGGACAUGAAGUGGCUAGACGUUCUACGCCCCGUCUUCGAGAUGACAGCAAGCACGGAUAUAUCAGGAGCACACAGAGAGCAAUGGCGAAAUCAUAUUGGAUCAGCGCUCAAAGAGAAUCAAAUCGAUUGGGUUAUGGGUAUUCACAGUAGCUUUCUUACGGCCAAGAUCGCUCAGAGGAUUGUAUCCAACGAAGAGAGCCAACAACGAACAAUUGCCAUGUCUAGCCUCACUCAUACUCGCGAAAUCACAAGGUUUAAGGACAAAGGAGAAGGCAUCAACUUUGGGUGCAAAUUCCCUCUCAAGAACGGCCUCCCUGAUGGCCUUGUUCAAGGAUUCAAAAAAUUACAAGAGAACACAAACUCAUGCAAUUCGUUACCCAACCCUGGACUCAUAAAUCACUACAAGAAAGCGUUCAGCCUGUUAGAGGAGCUCCAAUCUGAGCCCCAAGUCGAGCUUCUCUGCAUAUUAGCUCUUACUGUCGGCAUGACAUUAGACAUGACUAUUUAUAUCGUGCCUAAAAAAGAUGCUAAAGAUGAAGUAGCCAGGUUCGCAAUAGCUAGCAGCUCUGUGAAGCCCAAGCGAGGAGGAGCACGCGUAGCUCUCCUGGCAUUGCGAAUGCUAUGGUACUUGAUGCCCGAAGAGUUCGCGUGGGAGAAGGCAAAGGGAUAUGGGCUGAAAGUAGAAGAAGAGACAGAAUACAGUACUCAGCGUGUGCGUGAAGCAACUGACCAAUAUAUGAUAACGAACAGCAUGCUUGCCGCACUAGGCUGGCUUGAUUGUCCCAAGGACCAAGUAAACGGUAGCUCCAAGUCUAAGCACAUGAGGAUAGCCAGUAAAGAAGCCUUAGAUGCACGACUAGAGCAAUUGCGAAGCCUGAUGCCAAAGCCGACAGAUUUUGUGCGCGAAGUGUUCCAGAGCGAUGAUCCGAAAUGGGUCGACCAGUGCAAAGCCAUCAUUAAAUGGUAGACGAUGGAUCACAAGGACUGUAAACUACCCCUGUCUACACGAAUAGAAAAAAACAGAGAAUGUAAGAGAGUAGGUGGGUAGUACCUAUUCAUGACUUACAUCUCACAGAAGCGUAAGAAUAACAGAACGAAAAGCUGCGGAGAAAUCAACGUU